CCCACUUUUGUCUCACUCUCACUCAAAUCAUUCCCCUUAAUUGAUCACGUUUCUUAAAGAAAAAGUGUGUAAAAACCUCCUUCCAAAUGAUAACCUCUUCCCUUAUCUUGCUCCUCCUCCUUCAGUCGACAUUUUUUGUGGCGGGCGAUGUCCCCUGCGGAUUAACGUUUGUCAGCUGGACGUCGGAAAGUGACCCGCCUUCCAACGCGGUCGACGCGGGCGAAUCGGGCAGUGGUUUCAUCGCCCGUUUCCGGGUAUCGCCGGGUAACGUGUGGACGGGCGGGAGGUUGACCGCGGCGAACGAAGCGGUUUCCGUUUACAACAAUGUGGUCGAGAACAACAAUGCUUUCGAGGUUUUAACAAACCCGUCAAACUGUUCGAUCCGGUGGGGCGGUUCGAUUAACAAAUUUACCGUGAAGUUUGACACGACCAGUUUUGUGGGGAGGUAUUGCAGCCCGAUGUGUCUCGCGGGGAAGGUGGAUGAGGCGAUGAGAAUUAACUACGUCAACGACAACUUACAAGCCGUCACUAGAACGACCAAUGUCAUGACGUUGGAAGCUUUCACCUCCGGGUUCACCAUUUCUAUGAACGAGUUCAAAAUGGACGCGAACAACGGGGCCAACAAAGUAGAAUUUUUGGGGUUGGACGUCAUCAAUAACAAUUCUCCCGCCACUGUCAAGCAGUCCGUCACCCAUAAGAAAAAAUUGAAACAAACCCUUGAAGUUGAAUAUGGCGGAGCGGAAGGUUUCGGAGCAGCCUUUAGCAAACUAAACUUUGCCCCGCAGCUGAGUUUUAGGGGGUCGGGAGGUCCCGUGAUUGACAUGAGUCAGUCCUUGGUAGGGAAAAAUCCCAGCAAAACGACCACCACGGAGGAAUCUGAGGUCAACAUGGAGCGAGAGGUUGAACUUGGUCCAUUCAACGCGGUCCAUAUUUGUUCGACCUUGUCCGUCGCGGAAAACUUUGAGGCGACCUACACCAGCAAGGCGGUCGCCAGUGGGGUCGGACUAUCAGCGGAAGAGGUCCAGAGCUACCUCGUCAGUGUGGGUGACAGGUCCUGGUCGAUCCAGGAUGGGCGAGUGGUGAAAACCAUGUCGGGCGUUAUUAAGGGCACUGCCGGCCUGAGCGGGCAGUACACCGUCGUUCCGACAGAUGACCCCUACGGCUGCACCCUAAUUGAGGCGCUGAUAAGGCAAAAUCAGAAACUGGAGGGACAAAGGGCCACAAAUGCCACGGCGGGACGACUCAUGCAGGAAAAUUUUUACAAGUUGAAAUCCAUGCUGAAAUUUUUGUAAUGAAAUUGGCAUCAAAUUUGGGGGGAAUAAAUUAAGAAAUUGUAU